AUAAAGAGAAUGUCGGUGGUAGUAGACUUACGUUUGUGUCAAACUUAAACGUUUGUGUUUUCUGAUUAAGCAUUAUGGAUAUGAGCGUUUAUUUAACAGCGCCAUUGCAGUUGGAUAAAAUAUGUCGAGCAUGUUUAACAGAAAAAGGAGACAUGAGACCUUUGUUUGGAGCUUGUUUGGACGAAAUGUUACAUUCAUUUGCUUCUAUAGAGGUAUCGGAAGGAGAUGGAUUUCCAAAUUUAAUGUGUGUUCAAUGUGUACUGCAGUGCAGUAGGGCAUAUACUUUUAAACAGCAAUGUGAAAAAUCUGAUAAUAUAUUACGGCAGUACUUGUCACCAGAAUUUCAGCAACAGUUAGCCCAGUCCAUUGCUGAUCAACAACAAAAUAAAGUAGAUUUAUCCGAACAAUUGCAAUUUCCUGAUCAAAUAGAUAAUGUUGUAAUUGAAGAAGACAUUUCUGAAUUUGUCACGUAUGAGGAUGAUCAACUUGAUGUUAAAGAAGGUAUAUAUACUAUAGAAACUGCAGAGCAAGAAAAUGCUAGUAAUGAUUCAAUAAAGUUAGAAAAUAUUCACGAAGAGGAACAAAAUAAAUUAAAAUACCCUUGCACAAAAUGUGAUAUGUCAUUUAGUUUGAAAGUUGACCUUAAGGUCCAUAUGAUGACUCAUCCAAAAGAUUUGGAUUAUAUUUGCAAUGUGUGCAAUAAGGGCUUUGCCGAAGCUCGAAUUUUAAAGCGUCAUCUAAAGAUUCAUUUGGAACAAAAACCUCAUCAGUGUGAUCAGUGUGAUAUGUCUUUUGCUGAGAGUUCAAAUUUAAGUAAGCACAAAAAGAAGCAUACGGGUGAACUAAGGAAUAUAAAGGGCAAGCCUCAUCUAUGUUCUGUAUGUGGACGAGCUUUUAAAUGGGCAUCCAGUUUAUCAAAGCACAUGAAGUAUCACACAGGACACAAGUUAUUGUCAUGUGAUUAUUGUGGGAAACAGUAUGUUGAGGCACGAAGUCUGAAAAUCCAUAUUAGAUCUCAUACAGGAGAGCGGCCAUAUGUUUGUGAAGUAUGUCAAAAAAGUUUUACUCAAGUUUGUAACUUAGAGAAACACUUACGUGUUCACACUGGUGAAAAACCCUUUCUUUGCCCGAUUUGUGGAAAAGGAUUUACUCAAUCAGGUUAUGUAGGAAUUCACAUGAGAACACACACAGGAGCACGUCCAUACGUAUGUCAGACAUGUGGGAAAGCAUUUGCUGGGUCAAACACUCUUACUAUUCAUCAACGUAUUCAUACUGGUGAAAAACCAUAUACUUGUAAUAUAUGUGGCAAAUCAUUUAGUCGCCAUGAAACUGUUAUUAUACACACUAGAUCUCACACAGGUGAUAAACCUCACGUCUGCAGUGUAUGCAAUAAGGGAUUUACCUCUUCAGGUCAUUUAUCUGGACAUAUGAGAACACAUACAGGGGAAAAACCACAUUCUUGCGAAGUAUGUGGAAAAAAGUUCGCAGGAUCGAGUAGUUUAAAAGUACAUAUGAGAGCUCAUUCUGGGGAGAAGCCAUUUUCUUGCAAGCUAUGUAACAAGAGUUUCACGCAAUCAAGUACACUACAUCAGCAUUUAGCAACACACACUAUCGAUGUGAAAACAACAGAUCUGGGUAAAGUCGAAACAGUACAAGUUGCAGAAUUAAUGUAAGCAAGUAUAUUUUAUUAAAUCAAUUGUAUAAAGGGGUGUCAGGACUAUGAGUGUCAGUAUUUUAAAAUGCAGUAGCUUACUUAAUUAUGAAAUUAAAAUGGGUCAUAAAACCAAUUUAGA